ACCCUAACCCCUACAUACAAACAUCCUUUCGUACAUACAAACACCCUGUCCUACAUACAAACACCCUGUCCAACAUACAAACACCCUGUCCUACAUACAAACACCCUGUCCUACAUACAAACACCCUGUCCAACAUACAAACACCCUGUCCUACAUACAAACAUCCUUUCGUACAUACAAAAACCCUGUCCUACAUACAAACACCCUGUCCUACAUACAAACACCCUGUCCUACAUACAAACAUCCUUUCGUACAUACACAAACACACACACACACACACACACACACACACACACACACACACACACACACACACACACACACACAUGUCAAUGA